CCGCGUUUCAUCAUUGAGUGUGUGGAAAGUUCAGGGUCUCCGUCCAUUGCACGUUCUUCGCCACUCCUGUUUAUCCCAUAGCCAAGCUUGCCAUCUGAACGCGUCGGCAUCUUGCUUUCACACUGACUGAUACCAUUCGUGACACUGGACGAUCAAGUGCGACCAUGAUCGGCGCACCAGCAGGUCUGCGGAUGAUGACAUGUUUGGGUCCACCGAGCUGCCUAGGACGAGCGGCCGGAUCAACCAUGACAGCGAUACGAGGCAUUCUCCUACCAGCAGCCUCAAGUGCAAUCUCGCGGAGUGCGCACCACUCAUCCACACCGAAUGGUCCUGGACAGAGAUGCCUUGCACUCGCCUCGCGAUCGGUGCGGUGCUCAGGUCAGCAACCGGCCGAGUCCAUCAGGCAGCAAGUGCUCCGCUCGGCACAGAGUAGUCUUCACAACAAUGCUCAUCGAUUCCAUACCUCUCGCAACAUCUCGCUGCAUCGCAGCACAUCUCAAUGCGCUCAAAAGGACGACUCAGCAAGCUCUGGCGCUCGAGCAGGCAGACAGCCAGGGAGUGGGGACACGUCGACUGUCGAUGCACGGCCACAAGGGACGGCUUCUCGAAGCGCUGCAGGAACUCACGAUGCGGCCUCCACGGUACAGAGCAGAAGCAGGAU